CUUUUUUUUUUUUUUAGUGGGAAAAGCUACAGAUGUCUACAAGCGAGCGGCGGAAGAUCUUCUGUUCUGUGACUUUUCACCUGGCUGCUGUGGUGUGUGUCAUCUGGUCACUCUACGUUCUGAUUGACCGCACAGCUGAAGAGAUCCGCCAAGGCAAGAACAAUGCAUUGGUGCGUUUGUCCCCUCUCAAUGCCGUAGGGGUGCUGGAUUGGCCGUUCUGGACCAAACUCAUCGUGGUGGCGGUUAGCUUUUCUGGAGGACUCAUCUUCAUGUACAUUCAGUGCAAAGUCUACCUGCAGCUCUGGAGGAGGCUGAAGGCUUUCAACAGGAUCAUCUUUGUACAGAACUGCCCCGACACCGUCCGCAACGGAGAGAACAGGCCACCCCCAGUCACCCAGAGCAACGGCACGCACGGGACAGCAGAGGCUUCCGCUCCUCAGACACAAACAAACACAGGAGUGGAAAUGGCCCCUGUUUGACAAUGGAUGCUUGCUGCUCUGAAUCUCAGUUGCUGAAAAAUUUAGGAAAGGGCUUCUGGUGUAUUUGACCAAAGUGAUGUGAUUUACAUAUAACAAAAGCACUUUUUAAAUUGUUAUUAGAGGAUGGGUAAACUUAUAUAAGAAGUUUAUAUAGGGCUGUCAAAUUAUAACAUUAA